GUUAUAUUGUUUUCAGGUUUAGUGAUAAUUCAUUGAUAUGUAGGAUAACAAAAUAUAUAAGCUAAAUUAUUAUUUAUACCUAAUAAUUUUGAGUUGAAAUUUUCUAAAUCUAUUUUCGUAUAAAUAUUUGAAAUAUGUUUAUACUAGGGUCUAAUGGAUGUUGAUUAUCAUAUGUACACAACACAUGCGUUAUGGAUAUUGCUAACUAUUUCUCUUGGAUUAAUAGCUAUGUAAAGGAUAAAAUUAUUGAAUGGUCCUCAGUGACAGGGUGGGAGUACAAAGACAAUUGGCAGACAAUAUUUUUGGUCUUAUUGUUUUCAUCAUCUCUUAUUGGAAUCAUCUUUAUAUUUCUAAUUAAGAAAUGGAAAACCAAGGUUUUACCAGAAGUAAAAAAAUUGGUUGGAGUGGGGCAGUCUCGGCCAAGGUUCAGAAAAAGAGACAAAGUGCUAUUUUAUGGUCGAAAAAUGUUAAGAAAGAUGAGAUCGAUUUCUGGCCAAGUAAAACAAGGGAAAAAAAGAAAGCUGGUUUUAAAAUUUGCCAACCGAAUUUUACGUCUGAAAAAGGAUUCAGAGAGGCCUCUCACCAUAAAUACCUUGGAACCCCCUGCAGAAUACCUCCAGGAGGAACAGAAAGAAGACCAGAGAGUUCCACCUGAUGCUUUCUAUAUGUUACAAAGUAUCAGGGUUUUUGGUCAUUUUGAGAAACCGAUUUUUUUAAAGCUCUGUAAGCAUACUGAUAUUCUUAAUUUGCCUGCUGGAGCGUAUUUGUUUAAAGUUGGCGAUCCUGAUGAAAAUGUGUAUGUUGUACAAAAUGGAAAAGUGAGUGUAUUUGUUACCAGCGCAGAUGGUUCAACAAUAUCAUUGAAGGUUGUUAAAACUGGAGAUUCGGUCACAUCGCUGCUUAGUUUCACUGAUGUUUUAACUGGGCAUCCUCAUCCGUACAAAACUGUUUCUGCUAAAGCUGUCGAAGAUUCGACUGUUGUCAGACUUCCAAUGGCUGCAUUCCAAGAGGUUUUUACCGAGUAUCCAGAUUCAUUUAUCAGGAUAAUGCAAGUUAUCAUGGUCCGACUUCAGCGAGUGACAUUCACAGCUCUACAUCAAUAUCUUGGUUUGACAUCUGAGCUGAUUAAACCGCAGUCAAAAGAGAAAAAGAAAACUGGUUCACCUGUGAAAGGUGGAGCACGAUGGGAGGCCAUGCUGCCCUCUAACAUUGAAUCGUUUGUUGUCCACAAUCAAGUAGAAGAUGAUAACGAUCUACCUUUGCCAAAAACAAAGAAAUCUCAAUCUGCUUUUGAUCUCAAAGUUAGUCAUGAUCUUAAAUUACAUCUGCUUCAGCAGUAUGAGCAAAGGAUAUUAGAGGAUCAUCAGUAUCAACAUCAAGAUCCUACAAACGCUCAGAAGCUGUUGCAUGACCACUUGCAACAGCAAGAUUUGCAGCAGCCUACAGAUUCAACUAUCAAAGGCGUUUCUAUGAAAAAAGGGAUUGAAAACUUAGAUAGCGAAGUACUUAGGAAGCUUGCUACAGAAGCCUUUGUUCGUGAACUUGGUUUAGAGGACAGUAGUUUGUUAGAUGGAAAUAUUGACAUCCGAACUGUUCCUCCGAAUACACAUCUCAUGAGAGAUGAUGCACAUAAAGAUAUCGCAUUAUUAUAUCUUUUGGGUGGAUUGCUUAAUGUAUCUCAGAAUUCAGCAGAAGAGGAAGAUGAAGUACACAUGUUCACAGCGCAUCCUGGUGAAGUUGUUGGAGGGUUGGCAGUUCUCACUGGGGAACCUUCUUUCUUCAGCAUCAGGACAAAAACCGCAGCUUGUGUUGCCAUGAUAUCAAAAACUACUAUUUAUAACAUCUUAAGGGAAAAACCUGAAGUAGUUCUGCAUAUAGCUCAUACAGUUGUGAGAAGGCUCUCUCCAUUUGUUCGACAAGUUGAUUUUGCUCUUGACUGGGUGUUCCUUGAAAGUGGGCGAGCUGUUUAUAGACAAGGAGAUGAGUCUGAUUGUACAUACAUUGUAUUGAGUGGUCGAUUGAGAUCUGUCAUUACACAUUCCAAUGGGAAGAAGGAACUAGUUGGUGAAUAUGGUAAAGGAGAUUUAGUUGGAAUCGUUGAGAUGGUGACACAGAGUCCAAGAAGUACAACUGUGAUAGCCGUUAGAGAUUCUGAACUUGCUAAACUCCCUGAAGGUCUGUUCAAUGCCAUCAAGUUGCGUUUCCCAACAGUUGUGACUAGGUUGAUAAACCUUCUAGGUCAUCGAAUCAUAGGUUCUUGGCAAAAUCCAACUUCAGGGUUAGGUAAAGUUGAUAGUAGAUCUGCUCACAAUAAUUUUAGCACUGUGGCUAUUGUUCCUGUCUCUGAUGAUCUACCAUUAUCAGCGUUCACCUAUGAAUUAUAUCAUUCCCUCACUGCCAUUGGCUUGACGAAACGUUUGACUUCUGAUAUAGUUCGUAAGGAAUUAGGUCUUAGUGCAAUGGAUGCAAGCCAAGAAUAUCGGCUUACUUCAUGGCUAGCUCAACAAGAGGAUGCCCAUAGAAUAUGUCUUUAUCAGUGUGAUCAUGGUGUUACUCCAUGGACACAGCGGUGCCUGAGGCAAGCAGAUUGCGUCCUGAUCGUAGCUCUGGGAUUCAAAGAGCCAACCAUUGGAAAGAUUGAAUUGGAAAUUGAGAGGUUAUCCAUAAGGACACAAAAGGAAUUAGUUUUACUUCACAAAGAGGGUGUUGAACGUCCUAACAAUACUAUUGAAUGGUUAAAUAUGCGCCAAUGGAUAUCAUCCCAUCAUCAUAUUCUAUGUUCCAAAAGGAUGUUUUCGAGACGAUCUCAAUUCAGAGUUAAUGAGCUGUAUGCAAAGGUUCUAAUGUCUGAUCCUAACAUACAUUCUGACUUUGCGAGACUUGGUCGUUGGCUGACCGGAACUUCUAUAGGGCUUGUUUUAGGAGGAGGAGGAGCUAAGGGAGCGUCACAUGUUGGAAUACUAAAAGCAUUAGAGGAAGCUGGAAUUCCAAUAGACAUGGUGGGCGGUGUGAGUAUCGGAGCCUUUAUUGGUGCUUUGUGGUGUAUGCAUCGGGAUACUGCUACAGUAACACAAAAAGCCCGUGAAUGGUCAAAGAAAAUGAAUCAGUGGUGGACUUUACUUUUUGAUCUGACCUAUCCGGUCACGUCAAUGUUCACUGGUCGAGCAUUUAAUCGAACUAUCCAAGGCACAUUUGGUGAGACUCGUAUAGAAGACCUGUGGGUCCCUUAUUUUACUCUAAGUACUGACAUAACAACGAGUGCUAUGCGGGUUCAUAGACACGGGGUGUUGUGGCGCUACGUGAGGGCUUCGAUGUCUCUCUCCGGCUACAUGCCUCCAUUGUGCGACCCGGUGGAUGGCCACCUCCUCCUAGACGGGGGAUACGUCAACAAUUUGCCAGCUGAUGUAAUGCGGAGUGAAGGAGCUAGCCAUGUAAUUGCCAUUGACGUGGGAUCGUUGGACGACACUGAUCUAACGAAUUACGGCGACUACUUGUCCGGGUGGUGGGUUCUUUGGAAGCGCUUCUAUCCUUUCACUACGCCUGUCAAAGUUCCUAAUCUACCUGAGAUACAAUCACGGUUAGCAUACGUAUCCUGUGUCCGACAGCUUGAGGAGGUGAAGGCUAGCGAUUACUGCGAAUAUAUCCGUCCGCCCAUAGAUAAAUACAAAACUUUACAGUUUGGAAGUUUUGAUGAAAUCAAGGAAGUUGGUUAUUCUCACGGAAAGGCAUAUUUUAGUGAAAAGACUACAAUUCGUCCCUUAGCUAGAAAACACAGUAUAGGCCAAGCCGAUGCGCUCAAAAAAUCUUCUGUACCAAAGUCAACCUACAAGUUUACAGAUCUUGCUCAAAUGGUCUGCAAAGUUCCUACGCAAAAGGCUGAUGGGGACUCUUCAUCCGACUAUGAAGGAGACGAGGAAUAUGGUCAAGAAGGUGAGGGGUACGCUUCAGAAAUGGGAUAUGCUUCUGAACCUUCAGCACAUUUCCUUCAUAGAGAUUCGACGAAGCUUCUGCGGCGAAGUGGUGUUUCACUCUCCUUAUCCGAACCUGAACCAGAUUCUGAAUCUGAGUUGGAGAGGGAGAAACCUUCAAGAGCCUCAUAGUUGAUAACAGUUAUUAUGUUUACCUCAGUUAUUUUUAUAAAAUUAUUACAAUUGUUUGUCAAUAACACAUUUUAUAUUUAUGUUUCAAAAUAUAAGUAGUAUAAACAAAUUCAAAUUUAUUUGAAUGUUAUUUAGGUAUUUGUUAAGUCAACAGUUUGAUUUAUUUUGUGUGUUAAAGCUAUUGUUAUUGAAAUGAAGGAAUGUUUUUUUUUUUAUUUUUGUAGAAUUUUUUAUUUUGUAAACUUUUGAACAAAUACAAAUUUUGUUAUUUUUGUAAAACGUAUUUUAAAAAAAUCAUGUAUAGUUAUUAAGAUGCUAUUUAUUUGCAUUGUCUAAUGGAUAUG